ACACUGAGGCAACUCUGCCAGAAACUAGCAGCUACGGAAAAAGCGAAAUUGUCGCUGAGAGGAGCAGAAAUCCUCCAACUGCCGCGUUCGUUUAAGUGAUGUAGAGACAAAGGACUGAGUUACUCUUUAAUAAAACAGGACCCAUGACCCUGACACGAGGUUCCUUCAGCUACUCCAAUGGUGAGGAGUACCACGGCGAAUGGAAAGAAGGCAAGACUGACCUGCUCACUCAGCUGUCCAUCCUCCAUCACUGGCUAAAUUUGCAUGCAGAACAGAAGUGUUCUUAUAAUGCCAGACAAUUAUAUGCAUGUCUGCGUCAUGGCCUGGGUCAGCUGACCUUCAGCGAUGGGACGUGCUACACUGGUCAGUUUGAGAACGGCCUCUUCAAUGGCUGUGGGGUGCUGGUCUUUCCUGAUGGUUCUAGGUAUGAAGGUGAAUUUGUGCAGGGCAAAUUUCAAGGCGCCGGCGUCUUCACUCGCUUCGAAGGGAUGAGGUUUGAGGGCGAGUUUAAAAGCGGCUGUGUGGACGGCUACGGAGUGCUGACGUUUUCGGACAGAGGCCCCGGCGGCGGCGGCAGCCAUGAGGGCCUGUUUGAGACCAACCAGCUGGUAAGGAGGGAGAACAGCCAGGGAGCUGUGCAACGAGCGCAAGCAGCAGCCGCCAAGGCCCGAGCUCUGGCCAUGUGACCUGGACUACAUCAACCACAGUGCCCCACUACCAGGAUCAUCCUCCUCCCUUCAUCCUCCUCUUGGUUUGAACAGCUGAUUAUUAUUGAUGAAGAGAUUAAUUUAAUAAUUUUCUUCAGUUUCCUUGUGAUGCAGUUUGUUUGACUCCUUUAAUUUAACAUGUAAAGCAUUUUUUAAAGAUUUUUGUGUAGCAUUUUUUUUAAAGAUUUUGUUCUUUCACAUAUCAUUUUCUUUCUCACAUCUAUACCCUGCAGUAUUCUCUGGAGCAAAAAACAGUGGCUCCAGUAAGAUGAUAUGUAGGGGCUGUAUAGAAAGCCACUGAUUCAGGAUCAGUUGAGCCGAACACAGAUUAAACACACUGGUGCUAAAUCUGCUUCAGGCUUAUCUGACCUGACAAAACACAACUCUAGAUUCAAAAGUGCAAAAGAUCUUUUUCCAGUAAACACUGAUUUGGUGAUUUUCACGUCCAGACAUCUGUUUAAAUUGGGCUAAAUUUAGUUAAAAGGUUUCAGUUUUUCAGAAAUCUAGUUUUGAUAGCAUUGAAUCCACUUAUCAAAUCUGAAUUCUAUCAAAUCCCUAGUUGAAUCGCUUAUUGAUUCUAAUUAGGUUCAGUUUUAAAGUUAUGAAUUACUAAAACUCAAAGAAUGAAUUUAGGCCUGUACUUAUAUUUUGUUCCCUCAGAAGGAAGAACUUUUUUAGUGGCAGCCUAAUUAAUGUUGAAAACUUGUGGCUACAACCCGAAAAUGAAAUGAGGUGCAUAAGAUAAAAAUGUGUCUGACGAGUUGAAAUAACAGCUGGAGCUUACUUUCUUCGCACACCUUAUCAUUAACAAGUCACUUGCUGUAAAUUGUGGAGGUCCCAAUUAAAAACUAAAAAGUUUAUAUCAUGUGCAUAAACGAUUCUGACUCCUGAAACUGCAGUGACGAGAUCUGUGAGAUCGUUUCUGUAGAGAAGAGGCACCACUCUGUUGUUCUGGUUACACUGCAAAUACUGUAGUGAAGGUGGGGCUUUAUUGUCUAUUGCAUAUUAACCAGACAACAGCAAGAAAUACAAUUUUAGCUUGAUGUAGUUUCUUACACAAUUUACUUUAAUUAGUGACGGCUAAUAUAACCUGCAGUUGGUGAUGUUUUGUCAUUUUGACCUGAGUGUGUCAUAUGCUGUACAGAUAGAAAAGGCCUUUGAGGCAAAGUAAUAAUUUGAGCUAUAUAAUUAAAUUUUUGUGUGUAGGUGACAAAGAGCGUUCGAUUUAGACCGAGCAUGCACAAAUUUCAGUUUGUCUACAGAAACAGCAUACAGUGCAACAAAUGUGGUGGAAAGAUUUUCCAAAAAUUGAAUGAGGGAAAAUAAAUUUGAGCAGGAAGUUAUUUUAUUUAACUAAACUCUUAUCAAAAUAACUGGCACUUGUCUCUGUUUUCCCUAUAGUUAAUACCAUAUUAUGUUCUUUGCAUAAGACUUCCUAGGAACUUAAAAACUAAAAUGUAAAACCUGACCAAACUUUCUUUUCAACUAAAUAUAGACAUCAAAAUAUAUUUUAGCCCUCAAAUUGCCAAAUGAGUGCUUACUGGGUUUCCUGCCUUCCUGUUAAAAGACACAUUUGUUCUGACAUCUUGACCUCUUAUUGGUGCUGUAGUAUUUAAAUAUAAAUUGUUUACGUUGAGUUAGCAAGAUGUCAGAUGGGUGUAGAUCUUGGCUAAAGUAAAUGUGAGUAGUAUAUUUUGUUGUUUUCUUUCACUCAGUGCCAUUACAGCUCAGUCUGAUUACAGAUCAGUGUGAAAAUCCCCCUCAGUGCCAACCACACAGUGCCAACAGGCUGCAGCUGAUCCAGAAUCAGUGGCUGUCAUGAGAGUGGAUGUUGGGGAGGAUGUGGAGGAUGGGGAUGAACAGCUGAGAGGAAUGGGAGUACAGGCGGUGUUGCAGACUGCAGUAAUGAGUGCAAUUUCUGUUUUGGAGGUGCAAUUUCAUAAUAAUGUGCAAUUUCCGAAAGAAAGAUUCCCGUUCCAGCAGGUUUUACAUUCGAAGAUGACAAACUGGCUGCAUUGUCAGCAAAAGAGGCUUUGUUGGUCACAGAGAUGCUCGUCUGAGAAAUAGAGACUGGGAGUCAAAAGACUCUCUGAACCGCGAAGGGUUUCAUUCCAGAAAUACAUGAUCACUUUUUCACAUGAAAUUCAAUACACUACUGUCUUGUAGGCAAAAAUCUAAAGAUCAUUUGUAAUUUUUAUCAGGAAUUCAUAACAUGCUUUACCUUAAUGUCAGGAUCAGUUUACCAAAACAAGACUUGAUUGAUGAUUAUUUCAAAUGUUUUUUCAUGUGUUUUUGUAAUGAAACUCUUUCUUUCACCUUGGGAGGCAAAAAUGCUCACGUCCACUUUAUACAGCUUGUUUUUUCUACUUUCCACAUCCCUGAUUAAUGAUGUCACUUUCAAUGUGUAGUGUUUGUGUAUAAAGCACCAUAAAUUACCCUACCCCCCUCAAAAGAGCAAAACAAAACAAAAAAAAAAAGUGUGUAAACAUCACUGUUGUGAACUUAAAACUUGUGAUAAGCUCUAACUAACACAUAUUUCAUGCAUGUUGUGCCUGCUGGGAAUCAGCAUCUGUCUGUGUAAUGAGACUGGUGUGUAGACGUGCCGUGUGUGUGUGUGUGUGUGUGUGUGUGUGUGUGUGUGUGUGUGUGUGUGUGUGUGUGUAGUCAUGCUGUUUUGGGUUGAUGGGUGGGUGGGAUAUUAAAUGGGAAAUGGAGUUAAUUGUCGGUUAUGUGAUUAUCUCAGAGUGCGAUUAAUUUAGGAUAUGGUUUCGGGGGCUGAUGUCUUCCCCACUGACCAAUUUGACAGUGACAACGAAAACUGUCGGAAUGAUAGAGGCAUGUCACACCUUUUAAUUGGCUCUGGGAUUCAAGCAGAGACACUAUUAAAUGGAGCUGACUGUUGCCUAUAGCUGAGGUGGUUUUCAGACCUGGGGGUGUGAUAUGCACUUCAGUAAUCUGUCAGUCUUAGACACGGUUGUUUUUUUUUUUUACCAUUGUUCUUUAUUUAACGCUACGAUCCCACGUUCUUUCACAGUUUGAGAAAACAUUUAGGGAUCAUGUAACCCUUUAAAACGCACCUUAAACUCUCAACUUGAAAAGUUGCCGUUUGAUAUUAACAUAAAAGCAGCAGUCGUCAUCUGUAACACUGUCCAUAGUCGAUAUGACUGAUUUCAUGUUUCACUGUGAUGAGUAUCCAUGAUGGAGGAUGGUGCAGAAAUCCACCCUAAAACAGAAUUUCCUUCCACCUUGGAAAGGCAAUUGAUUAAAACCCGCAAAAAGCAAGGUCUCAAAUGAGCUGAGAAUAUUUCUGUCAAUAUAAUUUCUUUGUGAACUCUAUCAUGCUGAAUAUAGAGACACUUUAUCAAUCUGCUGUAUUGACUAAAAUAAGAGAACGGCUCAAAGCCAGGUAUACAGUGGAAAGCAUCUUUUUUCAUGGACGUUGGCACAUUUUCUGCUUCAGCUGUUCGAGCGAAGAUGAAACAAAACAACCACAGGAGACAACCAGGAAGGAGCCUCAAAUUUAAAUAUAUUAUCAAAAGGGCAAAAUGUAUACAGACCUGGGCUGUAUUUUUAAGGACAGGACACAACUGUAAUGUUCACAAAUAUUCUGAAAGAUCAUUGGAAUAAUAUUUGAAUUGUUUAUUUGUCUUCAACUCAUCCAAUGUAAUUGUAAGACUAAAGGAACAGUUCCAGAUUGGGGAAAUAAGUUUAUUUGCUUUUUAGCCGAGACUUAUACCACGCUCAUGUUUGAAACAGCCGCUUCCAAUCUUUAUGCUAUGCUAAGCCACUGCACUCUGGGUAAGAAAAUAAAGUGUCUAUCUAAAAUUUCAGACCAUUCCUUUCAGCUUAAACAAAGGAAGUGUCCAUAUUUUUAGAAAUUAAUAGUACAUGCCAACCUAUUUGGCUCCUAUUUGGAUUACACAACAUAAAUAUGUACAGAAAGAUGAAGUUCAGGAAGUGAUUUUCUUUGUAACAACUCAUUAUAGACGUGAAAUGAAACUCUAUCUGAAAA